AACUUGCUUUGUGUAGAAUGAGCAAAUUUUGGUAGAUUCUAUUAAUCGGCACUCACCGAUAAUUAUAUAUAGAAAAAAAGGUUUUUUAUGUUAGAUUAGUGGUUGUUCGUUAGCGAAUCGGAGUGGUUGCUUUGGAAAUGGGAAUUAUAUGUUCUGGAACAGGUCUGGGCGUACUGCUCUUUAGCCUGGCAUUACUUUUAGCUGCUAAUGCCGAUAUAGAGGUUCAAAGUUCACGCAUUUUGGCUGUAUUUCCCUUUCCUGGGCGAUCGCAAUACAUCUUUGCCGAGCAAUAUCUCAAGGAGUUGGCUCUUCGGGGUCAUGAUGUCACCGUGAUCAAUACAUUUGGCAGCGAAAAAGAAGAGCACAAUUUUCGGGUAAUUGGUGCCAAAAAAAUUCACGAAAUUAUGGCAGCCUUUGCCAAUUUUGAUUACAAUCAGGAGGCAAGUCAAUGGAAAGUCUUAACAAUGACGACCGAGUUUCUCAAUCUCUUAACUACUAGUAUGCUGGAUGAUCCAGCUGUUCAGGAUUUACUAAACAGCGGAAAAAGCUUCGACUUGGUUGUGAUGGAAACAGUACAGAAUGAAGCGCUCUUUGGCUUGGCCCAGCAUUUUGGAGCACAGACCAUAGGCAUAUCCUCGUACGGUACAGAUACUCAUAUCGACGAAUUGAUGGGUAAUCUUUCGCCAUUAUCUUACAAUCCAAUGCUACUAUCAUCCAGAACAGAGCGAAUGGGAAUCGAGGAUCGCCUACGAAAUGUAUGGGAAGCUGCGAUUAUGUGGCUACAUAAGAGAAUUGUCCACCUGCCCACUCAGCGGAUUCUGUAUGCCAAGUACUUUCCAACAGCCAAGAAAUCGUUGGAGGAAGUUUUGGAUAGCUUUUCACUGAUGCUGCUAGGACAGCAUUUUUCACUAAGUUAUCCACGCCCUUAUUUGCCUAAUAUGAUCGAGGUCGGCGGUCUGCAUUUGCAACAGAAGCGAAAGGUUCAGCCAUUGGCAAAAGAUUUGUCUGAAUUUGUGGAGCAAUCUGACCAGGGAGUAAUCUAUUUCUCCAUGGGAUCUAAUAUCAAAAGUGCAGAUUUACCACCAGCCACUCGUAAAGUUCUAAUGGAAACCUUUGCUAGUUUAUCUCAGCGUGUUUUGUGGAAAUUCGAAGAUGAUCAGUUGCCUGAAAAGCCAACGAAUGUUUUUAUUAGUAAAUGGUUUCCUCAACCGGACAUUCUGGCUCAUCCGAAUGUCAAGCUGUUUAUCACCCACGGAGGCCUCUUGAGCACCAUUGAGAGUAUUUAUUUUGGAAAACCCGUCUUGGGUCUACCAGUUUUCUACGAUCAGCACUUGAAUGUUCAGAGGGCCAAGCAAGCGGGUUAUGGUCUCAGUUCGGAUAUUUGGAGUGUCAAUGCCACAGAACUUACUUCACUGAUCCAAGAACUGUUAAGUAAUCCCAGCUAUUUGGCAGCAGCUCAAAUUAAAUCCAAACUAUUUCGUGAUCAAAAGGAUACCGCUUUGGAACGUGCCAUCUGGUGGACAGAAUAUGUACUAAGACACAAGGGCGCCAAACAUUUGAGAUGCGCCUCCCGGGAUCUAAAUUUUGUCCAGUUCCAUGGACUGGACACCUGGGGUCUACUCAUCGCUGGCGUGCUUGUGUCUAUACUGAUCUUCGUGAUUGCUUUAAAGUGCCUACUGAGGGGUCUCUGUUAUGUCAUCUCAAAGCGUCGUAAGGGGUCGAAUAAAUUGAAGACCCAGUAACCAAUUAAAGGCCAUUAACUAAUCGAGCUUAUGCUUGCAUUCGUUUCUUGUUUAACGCUAGUGUAGGUUACAUUUGAAAUUAUUUGUUUUGUUAUUAGCACUUUAAGUUUGAAGAGACUAAAAAUAUAUUUAUUCCCAAAUAAAGAACAGAAAAUUAA